UGUGACCCAGCUACCUUCCACGGCUUUAAAUCCUGCCAUCUUCUACCUGGCAUCGCGAUCACUGCCAACCAAGCCCAGCACAAUGAUGCGCCACGUUAUCGGUCUAGGCUUGUUGGCCGGUGCAGCACUCGCCCAGCACAAUGUCACCACUGACCUGACCCCCGUGCUGGCCCCAGGCUGCAACAGAACCGAGCCCGCUAGAAUCAGGCCAGCUCACAGAAUCGCUAUCCACUACGGCUUGGGCAGAGCGGAGGCCAGUUUGGUCAACGUCACCCUCGAGAUGAGAAACCCUUCCGUGCUUCUCGAAGAAAUCGAGGACAUAUCAGACGUCAUCUGCGACGAUUCGACCGUGGAAGUCCUGUUCAACUCCACCACGGCAUUCAACCUCGGUAUGGCUGAGUGGUCUACCAGCGAGUCCAUCGUGUUGGUCACAAAUCACAUGGGCAACUGCGAUACUGAGAACGAACGUGGUUUCUUCCUCGCUAGCAGCAUCGCAUGGGAUGAGGCAACUUUAACGGCUACUGCAAGCACGGUGAAGAAGGAGCUUGUGGACACAGCUUCCACAACGGAAAUCACCUUCUCCAACGUCCCCAUCGCGCAACCCGCCUCCAAGCGCGCCAUCACCGUGUCCGAAAACGGUAUCACGCUAGACGGAAACAUUUCCCUCCCCACCAGCACUGUUCUCGCCACCGUGGACGACUACGUCACACUAACCGCCGACUCAGCCGAGGUCAGCGCGAGCGUCACUUUCUCGGGUUACCUCAAAUUCAGGAUCCUGGGCGCCUCGCUCGAGAGCCUCUACUUCGACAUCGACACCACGUUGGCCGCCGAGCUGGGGCUGACUCUUGAUAUUACGGCCGCGUACAGCGACAGCCUCGAGUAUGCCCCCGGGGCCCUGUCGUAUAACCUCGUCAACAUCCCAGGGAUCAUCACCUUCGGCCCUGCGCUCGUCUUCGCCAUCGGUGUUGAGCUGGCUUCUGAGGGAUCCGUGACGGCCACUGCGGAUAUUGGUGUGGCCAUCGCGGAUGGCAACAUUCAUGUUGAUUUUCUGCAAAUGGAAGAGACGACCGUUUCCGGGUGGGAGCCGACGUACUCGGCCACGGUCAACGUAACAGAAAAGGCCCAGGUCAGCGUGGAUCCUUAUGUCGACGUCACAGUCGAGCUCGCGUUCGAGCUGCUCGGCGGGCUGCUUGACCUCAGCGCCGGAGUGACGGCCGAGCCCAGGUUCAGUAAUGAAUUCACCCUUUCGGCCGCGCAGGAUGAGAACGGGCAAGUGGAUUCCGGCAAUGCCACAACUUGUGAGAACGGGCUCAGCAUCGAGUCGGCAUUCGAGUUCAGCGUGGUUGCUUUUGUUACGCAGUGGUGGUCCGAGACGGUGUAUAGCGUCGAGGUCCCUAUUGCGGACGAGUGCUACUCCUGGCUGUGAGCCGUGCCAAGCUGUGCCCAGCAUCCCCGAGUCUCCUUUGUCGGUUGAUCGGAAUAAUCACACUGUUAUCACCUCCUGGGCUACUUAGCUCGUAGGGUGUCCCCUUUCUUUGUACAUAUUGGUUGAUAUUUAGUCAAGUGGGCAUAUCAACACUCCAUAGUUGUAUACAGCGCACAAUCGCCUGAGCGUAAAACCAACGCUCUACACAUAAUAGUGUAUAUUGAACAUACGGAUGAUCUGUCAACUGGUGAAAUCAAGCUCUGAA